AUGCCUCCGGCUUCCGCGUACGUGCACCUCCCCUUCUGCCGCAAGCGGUGCCACUACUGCGACUUCCCCAUCGUGGCGCUCGGCGUGCAGGCGUUCCAGGAGGAGCUGCUCCGGGCGUGCGGCCGCGCGCACGGCCUGCGGGAGGUGCACGAGGCCGUCGGGAUCGUGACCGCCUGCGAGGGGCUCCAGAACUGGAGCAUGGACCUCAUAUCCUCCCUGCCCAACCAGACCCAGGAGAUGUGGGAGGAGAGCUUGCGGUGCACCGUCGAUGCCCGCCCCACGCAUGUCUCCGUCUACGACCUGCAGAUCGAGCAGGGCACCAAGUUUGGCCAAAUCUAUACGCCUGGUGUAUUUCCUCUCCCAAAUGAGACAGACUCUGCAAACUUCUACAAGAUCGCUUCAAAACAGCUUUCUGAAGCAGGAUAUCAACACUACGAGAUCAGUAGCUACUGCAAGCCUGGUUACGAGUGCAAGCACAACGUAACAUACUGGCAAAACAGGCCGUUCUAUGCGUUUGGUCUGGGAUCGGCAAGCUACAUCAACGGUGUCAGGUUCUCUAGGCCCAGAGGAAUGAAGAACUACGCAGAUUGGGUUCAGAAGCUGGAAGACGGGACCUGGUGCCACGAGCCUAGUGUCUCCGAGACGAAGGAUAUGGCGAUGGACUCGGUGAUGCUAUCACUGAGAACAGCUCGCGGGCUGGAUCUGCACAGUUUCAGUAAAUCUUUUGGCGAGGGUCUGACACGGUCAUUGUGCGAGACGUUUAGGCCUUUUGUUGAGAGUGGGUUGGUGAUCGCCAUGGACAAGGAGCGAGUGGCCCUGCAGUUCAAUGAGUUUGAGUCAGAUUUGGAGGGUGAGAUGAGUGGGAGCAGGGUGGCCUUCCUCCGCCUGAGUGACCCGGAUGGAUUUCUGCUGUCCAACGAGUUGAUCUCGCUUGCCUUUGGGACUAUUUCGCCAUGA